AUGACAGAGACCCCAAGUGAGAAGAUAACGCCUGACAAGGCUCUUUCUGUAGAUCCAGAUUGCGCAUAUUUCAACGUAACCGGUGGAAAGUCCGAUCACAUGCUGGUAAAUCUUGGAGAAAGUCGUCUGGCAGUAAAGAUUCGCUGCAGCAACAAUGCCCUUUAUCGAGUUUCACCGAGUGCGAUGUUCAUCGACGCCGGCCAGUGUCAAAAUCUCGUUGUCAUUAGACAAGCCGGUCCUGCCCGUUCCGACAAACUGAUCUUGCAAUUCCUGCCAUGCGAAAAAGACGUUGAAGAUUGUAAGGAAUUCUUCAAGCAAGCCGACAAAAACGGUGCCAAACCGGAGACUCUUCGUAUUUCGCUGAAGAUGGUUGGCGAUCAAGGCUAUCGAGUAAUUCCUUCACGUGAAGUGACCGACGAUGCAAUCGGGUAA